AUGAAGUUAUAUUUGAAAGCCUGCCUUUACAUCUUUUUGUGGCUUUGGUUUGAUCAAGUGCUGCAGGAUGUGUCUGGAAGUAUACGUCAAACCCCUGAAUCAGCUGCCCGGUCUCUAUCUGACGCUAACCUGAUGUAUGAGAUUUUGCUGCAUGGGCUGAUCAUAGACCAGGAUAAUAAUGUAAUUCUGCUGGAUGAGGAGCUGGCAUCAAUGAGGAAGGGGCGGGAAUUCCUGUCUCAGAUCAAUGACGGAAUUCCAAAAAGUCUGAGCUCCACGGCACUGAUGGUGAGCACCCUGGAGGAACAUCAGAGGACACCGCUGACUCAGGCCCAGUUUGAUAAUGUGGUCCUGAGCAUGGUGUACUCGGCUCACCAGGCUUUGGCUCAGAGGAGCACAGAGGAGCGGGAGGCCUGGGGUGGAGUGCUGCUCCAGCUUGCAAACGUCACCGUCCACAACCUACGUGGCAGUUUCCUCUUCAACUAUGCUUAG